AUGCCGACGAUGACGGCGCACCAUACCGACCGAUCGAGACGUCUCGUGCGAAGGACGUGGGAGAGCGAGCAAGACUCCUCCUCUUCUUUCAACUUCACGCAGCUUUACCGCUACGCCACGGGCUUCGACAAGUUUCUGCUAGCGGUCGGCAUCCUCACGACGGGGGUAAACGGCGCCCUGUUCCCGUUCAUGGCGAUCGUUUUCGGCGACGUCAUGACGGGGUUUGCGAGCGUGCCGAUCGAUAUGGACACCGUGAACAAGGCGGCGCUGGACUUCGCCCUCAUCGCAGUGGGUCUCUUCUUCACGGACUACUUGUCCUAUGUGUCGUUCUACCACAGCGCGGAGCGACAGAUGAAGGCCUUACGCAGCGAGGCGCUGAGGCGUAUGCUGUACCUGGACAUCGCCGCUGGAGACACGGUCAAGAUCAAGGACGGCAUGGGGCAGAAGCUCGGCGACUCCAUCCGGUACACGAUCCAGUUCUACGUGGGUUUCGGCAUUGGCUUUGCUCGCGGGUGGGACAUCACGCUGGUCAUGGCGUGCGUGAUCCCGUUCACGUCCAUGUCGCUGAGCUGGGUGAUCACCACGAUGCGUAUCAAGGCUGAGUGGGCGCAGAAGGUGUAUGCCGAGGCUGGCUCGGUGGCGGAGGAAACUCUGGGCUCCAUCCGAACUGUGCCGUCUCUCAACGGCGAGAAGAAGGCCAUCGCCAAGUUUGAGACCAAAGUUCUGCUGGCGGAGAAGGAGAACAUUGCCAUGCACAAGACGUCGUCCUUGGUGCUGUCCGGGUUCCUUGGUAGCACUUGGCUCAUGCAGGCGAUCGGCCUCUGGUACGGUGGUUGGAAGGCUUCGCAGGGGAACGCAACACCCGGCGACGUUUUUGCGGCCUUCUUUGGAGUGAUGAUGGGGGCAGGUUUGCUUGGACAGAUCUCGCCAAACAUUACUGCUGUCUCCAACGCUCUAGGAGCAGCUAAAGAGCUGUUCAGGCAAGAUCGAGGCUACUUCGCUUACCCGAGCCGUCCUGACGCACAGAUCCUGCGCGACUACAACGUCACCAUUGAGGCUGGCCAAACCGUGGCGUUUGCUGGGUUCAGCGGCGGCGGCAAAAGCACACUCGUCGCGCUUCUGGAGCGGUUCUACGAUCCGAGCAGCGGCACCAUCUACCUCGAUGGCCGUGACGUGAAGACGCUCAAUGUCAAGUGGCUGCGCUCGCAGAUCGGUCUGGUCUCACAGGAGCCGGUGUUGUUCGCUACGACGAUCUUCGAGAACAUUGCCAUGGGCGGCAUCAACGUGACUCGGGAGGAGGCUGUUGCAGCGUGCAGGCUCUCGAACACGCACGACUUCAUCAUGUCUUUGCCGGACAACUACGACACGUUGGUCGGCAAGAAAGGCGUGUCUCUCUCGGGCGACCAGAAGCAGCGAAUCGCCAUCGCCCGUGCUAUCGUCCGCAAGCCCAGCAUUCUCGUCUUGGAUGAAGCCACGAGUGCGCUCGACAACGAGAGUGAGAAACUCGUCCAGCAGGCCUUGAACGACUUGAUGGCUUCGACGAACAUGACGACGCUGGUGAUCGCCCACCGCUUGAGCACGAUUCGCAACGCAGACAAGAUCGUGGUGCUGAAAGACGGACGCGUCGUGGAAAGUGGCUCACACGACGAGCUGCUGGAAGUCGUGGACGGCAUCUACCGAUCCAUGUAUUGCACUCAAGAACUGCGCUUGAAUGAGGAGCGUCAUGUCGGUACUGAAGCGACGAGCAGUUUUGUUCCCGUGUCACGCCGUACUAGUGUUGCAUCGGCGAAGACGGAUAUCUCAUCAAUGCGCGCGGUUGAGACCAACGUCUUGGACAAGAAGCCAUUCGGGUUGAAGGAGUUGGCGGAGAUCAGCAGGCCUGAGCGCAACUACUAUGUGGUGGGGAUCAUUGGUGCAUGCUUCGGAGGCAUCCUUACCCCAGCUUCGGCGCUCUUAGUCGCCGAGAUGAUGACGUCGAUGACGGGCAAGUUCGGGCUGUACGAAGACUCGGGCGACCAGAAAUAUUUGGGCGAACUGUACGACAACGUGGAGCUCUACGGCAUCUUGUACAUCGUCGGCGCGGUGGCGGUUGUACUCUUCACCUUGCAAACGUACAGCUUCAAGUUGAUCGGGGAGAAGGUCACCACUCGCCUGCGUCACGCGAACUUUGAGGGCCUCUGCCGACAGAACGUCGGGUUUUUCGACGACAAGAAGAACGCGACGGGGGCUUUGACUGCCGACCUAGCCACAAAUGCCGUCAAAGUUGCGCUGCUGUCGGGUGAUUCUCAGGCUCAGGUCUGGCAGGCGGUGUUCACAAUGCUGGCUGCUCUCGUGAUCUCCUUCGGCUUCGGCAGUUGGCUGCUCUCGCUCAUCAUGUUGGCGAUUCUGCCGUUACUUGCGUUUGGAAUUCUGGCACGUAUGAAGGAAAUGGAGGGUCGUUCUCUCAUCUCGGACGACCUCGCUGUCCCUGGCGCCCACGUGUCGGGGGUUCUCGGGAAUAUUCGCACUGUCGCCGCGCUUGGCAUCCAGCAAAAAUCCGCUGCCGUCAAGGAGGCGCAAGUCAACGGGUUGUCUCUCGGCUUCAGCUCCUUCAUCUUCAUGGCUGCCUACGCGCUCAUCUUCUGGUUCGGCGCCAACGAUGGCACGAUUGACGUUUCCGAGAUGAUGCGGACGCUUAUGGCCAUCAUGAUGUCGAUCCAGAUCGCUGGAAGCGCGUCCAAGUUCUUCGGCGACGCGCCUAAAGCCUUCCAGGCCGGCUCAACCAUUUUCGCUCUCCGCGACCACGUCACGCCGAUCGACUCGUUCAGCUCCGACGGCGUCCGUCUGCCCAAGCUCGAAGGAAGACUCGACUUCAGGGACAUUUCAUUCCGGUACCCGACGCGACCCGAAGUGAGCGUGCUCAAGCACUACAAUCUCUCCAUUGAAGCGGGCGAGACCGUAGCGUUCUGUGGACCAAGCGGAGGCGGAAAGAGCACCAUCAUCUCGCUCAUUGAGCGGUUCUACGACCCCGUGGAUGGCGAGGUCAUGCUGGACGGCUACAACAUCAAGGACCUGAACUUGAGCUGGCUGCGCAGCCACAUCGGCCUCGUCGGUCAGGAGCCCAUGCUUUUCAUCGGCACCAUCGCCGAGAACAUUGCGUACGGUCUAGCCGAGGAGCCAAGCCAGCAAGAGAUCGAGGAGGCAGCCAAGAUGGCCAACGCGCACGACUUCAUCUCCAAGUUCCCGGAUGGCUACGACACGCAGGUGGGCAUGAAGGGCGAGCAGUUGUCUGGCGGUCAAACGCAGCGUAUCGCCAUCGCGCGCGCCAUCCUGAAGAACCCCGACAUCCUGCUACUGGACGAGGCCACGAGUGCGCUGGACUCGGAGAGCGAGAAGGUGGUGCAGGAGGCUCUGGACAAGGUGAUGGCGUUGAAACGCCGUACGACCAUCAUCAUCGCGCAUCGGUUGUCGACGAUCCGCAAGGCAGACAAGAUCUGCGUCGUCAGCGGAGGCAGAAUCGCAGAGCAGGGCACGCACCAAGAGUUGCUGGGACGCAAUGGGAUUUACGCGGGUCUGGUGUCCUCGGCGUCGUCGUAG